GGUGACGGUAGUAGUCGUUGCCGUGGUAAAGAGAGAAAGAGAAAACACAAGUUUUUUUACUGUUUCUCUGAGCGAGUGUCCAGUCGGCGGACCUUCUCUACAUCACACGCUACAGUGACACCAUCACAUAUAUAAAAAUUGUAUCUAUAUAUAUAUAGGCCCUCCAUAUCACAUUACCCACUCGAUUUUCACACAUAUUUGCGUUAAGGGCAUUCAUCACUUUGAUUAGUGAUAAUAAUAAAUAGAAUUAUUGUUAUACUUUUCCCUCUUUCUCUUUCACACACAUUAUACAUAUAAAGAUUAUACACAUAUUUUUCUUCUUUUAAUACAUAACAAAUACACACAGACAUAGUUUUCUAAUAUACAAUAGUUAACACACAUACACAUGUAUAAAUAACUUUCUUUAUAUAUAUCAGUAAAUAUAUUUUACUUUCUUUUUAUACAUACACACAUAUAAUGACAAUUUAAUGCUUCUAUAAGUUUGCAUACAAUAAACAAAUACAUAAGUAUGGUAUAUAUAAGUAUAUAUAUGUACUCGUAUAUAUAACUACACCCACAGUCACAUACACUCAGAUAACAUCCGCCGUUGGAUUGGGGGAAAGCCCUGCUCUGUUCUUAACAACGACAAACAUCUAUGUGUGAAAUAUCAAGACUGUAUGAAUAUAAAAUAUAACACAAAUGUUAGAAAUCUUACAAACUGUCUCUGCUUCAUAGAAUAUUAGAUUUCUUCGCGCUUGAUUACUUAAUCGAUAAUACGGGAACUUUUAAUGAAAGGAACACUUUGUUAAACAGAUAUAUAUUGAUAUAUAUCAAACGAUGGAUCCUUUAAGGAAAUUAAGUUUUUGGAUAGUUACACUAUUAACUCUUGGCUUGUCAGGAAUCAAAGGAAGACCAAGUCUUGAGAACAAUGCAGGUUUUGACAAAUCUUUCCAGAAAUUUUUAAAGCAAUUCCAAUAUCGAGGUGCAUCUGUUGCUUUGAUGCGCCAAGGAAAACUUUUAUACACCCAUGGCUAUGGCAGUACACAGAAUAAUGUUAAAAUGACACCAGAAGUCUUGUUUCCAGCUUCAAAUAUUUCUAAAUUGCUCACUGCUGUAUCUGUUCUUAAACUUGUUGAAAAUGGUAAAGUGAACCUUACCGCUAAAGUCUUUGGUAAGUUUGGAAUUUUGAAUCACUUACGACCUUGGAGCAUUUUUCGAACUGACAACAGGCUGUAUGACAUUACAGUCGAUGACCUUCUUCGGCAUGCUGGUGGCUGGGAUUCAGCUAUGCCACCAAUGUUUGAUCCAGUUCUGAAUUCUAUUUACUUAAAGAAUGGUUAUCGCAUUCCAAACAUCACUUCCAUCAUGCAGUUAAAGAACACUGCUGAACUGAAGGAUAUUUUCAGAUAUAUGAUGUCGAUUCCACUGAAUUUUAAACCAGGGACAAAAUCAGUUCAUUCUCAUCUUGGUUAUGUAAUUCUGGACCAAAUUAUUGAGAAAGUUCAAAAUUAUGAUUAUCCAACAUUUGUAAGGAAAAAUAUUUUGGAACCUUGUGGAAUGUGGCAUACAAGAUUUGGAAAACAUAUGAAAGAAAACAGGAUAAAGAAUAUGGUUAAACGUAGCUUGGUCGGAAACUUUAAUACAACUUAUUCUCUACACCUAGAGAGGGAGGUGGUCUCUCUCACUGAUGGCUGGUAUACCAAUGUUUAUGAUAUUAUGCGCUUUUUUCGAUGCUUGGAUCAUACUGGUACACAUCAGUUACUUAAAAAAUCUUCCAUCAAAAAUCUCUUGGCAAAACCAAGAAAAAUGAAAGCUACAGGCUUAUGGGUUGGUGCUAACCUAAAUGUGAACAAAAAUGGUCAAGUUUGUCUGGAAGGAGAUGGCAUAAUUGAUGGUAUGCUGUUGUGCCACCGGAACUUCUUACAAACAGUUCAGAAUCCAGGUAAUUCCUCAUAUAUGUCUUCAGAGACAUUUGUUAUGCUAUUAGUUGGUGGUCACAAUAAACCAUUACCAAUUCGAAACUUCAUGAAUUAUUUCACAGAUUGGUCACAAAAUGGUGCUAAUUACUUCUCUUAUGAUUUGGCCGAUGUUCGGGUAGGGCACGUAGGAGUUAACGAACAAAUUAUUAAAUACAAGUUGUCUGAACACCAUAUUUCAGCAUAUGUCAAUGCUAUUAAAGACCAAUACUUCAAAAUUGAAUGGAUAAAUGCUUUUGAGUAUAAUAGAGAAUCUUAUUUUUCUGUUAUCUCUAAAGUAAACCCAGAUGAAAGCCUUAGUUCUUACUAUCUGGAGCAUGGGCUUGAUGAGAAGAGUUUACUCCACUUCAAACAUAUUUAUUCCAAGAAAAAUGUAUAUCUGUCUUUAUUACAGAGUUAUAUCAGUUUCUCACACACAGACAAAAACAGAUAUGUGGCACUAUUUGAUACGGUGAAAGAGGAACCUGUUGAUAUUCGAUUUGGAAUUCGACAAUAUUCUCAAUGUUACAAAUUGUUUGCUCAAGUUUAUAAUGAGAAGGGUUUUGUUCCAAGAGUCCAGAGUUUUGUCCACAUUGAUCAAGAACCACAAGUGUGUUUCAUUUUGGAAAAGAAACCUGUGAAAGACUACAAAGAAUACAUAGAUAUUUCCCUGAAGGAACUGACUGAGAGUGUUGUCUCAAAUGCUAAGGCACACCGUGUUAUGACAUACUUGGACACUUCCAGCAAGUAUAAAAGACCAAGAUUUUCAGUCAUUUUCAGGAAAGACCUUUCCAGACAAGGCACAUUCAAAAGUAAUGUUGAGAUGUCGCAGCUUGAAGAUAUCAUUGCCGACGGGUACUUGAAGGACAGUUUUUUCCCAAGACUAAUUACUGGAUAUUCAGAUAAGAAAGGCACAUUAUAUUUUGCCAUUUAUAUGGAAAGAAUCUUAUAAAUUACUCCUUUGUUUGUCUUUUAUAUUUAAUAUACACACCAUACAGAUUGAUCAUACAUCACCAAAUAUAUGCUAUAACAAAAUUUUAUGUAAAUGACAUCUCAAAGACAAAGAAAAAUUGUUCCUAUCCAACUGGAAUUUAUUCUGUAUUAUUUAAAAAAAAAAAUCAAAAGACUUUUCUCACAAGCGCCAGUUAAAACAAUUUUGCAAAUACUUUCUUUUAACGAAUGCUUCUACAAAAUUUAUGACAGAAUGUAAGAAUUUAUGAUUUUUGUACAUACCAAUUUCUUACAAAAGCAGCAAAACUUCCACAUGUAGUUGGAGGUGAAAUGAGAUUUUAAUGCAUUCAUGCCUUUCUCAAGAGAAAGUGAAAGAGCUUGAAGUCAUGGGAGUUAGGUUUCCAAGAAUUUUUGUUUAUUCUAUAAAUAGAAUUCUUUAUUUGAGUAAUUAGUGUAAAAAUAUGAAUAGAAUAAUUCUUGUGUAUAUUCAUUGUAAUAAUUAAGAUUACAAUAAUGGCAAUAACCUUAAUAAUCACAUUGUUGAUCUGCAUCUCUGGAUUCUUACAGAAUACUUGGUAGCACUUUUCUGCGGGUCAACAAAGUGUCUCCGUUUUGUAUAUCCUUCAGACUUUUAGGUAGAACUUUGGGUUUUGUGCUAAAUGCACCAAUUACCACAGGGACAGUUGUCAAUUUUUUGUUCCACAAUUUAUUAUUAUUAUCAUUAUUAUUAUUUUGGUUUGGCUCAGGUUCGGCCUUAUUCCUGGUAGGAUUUCUGUGGGUAGUGGGUUACUACCUAUAACCUUAGGUAUCCAUAAGUUUUCAGCAGUCUUUCAAGUGUUUCGAAACCUCCUGAUAACCCUUACUGUCUCAAAGAGACAAACUUUCUGUAGGAGCUCUACAGGGCAUUCUAGCCCAAUCUCCUCCAGCCAUUUGUCUAUAUCUUUGCUUACUGUUCCCAAGGCACCAAUUAUUAUAGGUACGACCUUGACAGUUCCCAUGUUCCAAAUUCCUCCUAUUUCGAAUUUUAAGGAAUUGUAUUUUCUUUUUUUUUUUGUUUUUCUUCGUCAUUCUUUACAAUCCUGGAAUCAAACAGGCAUGAUGGGUCAAUAAGUAAGUAACUUUGCUUUUCCUUAUCUAUAACUGUUAUGUCCGGUCUCUUAUUUUCUAACUUCUUGUCCGUUUGAAUAGGAAAGUCCCACAAAAUCUUACAUUUCUCCGACUCCAGUACUCUUUCGACUCGGUGAUUGUACCAUGUGUUUCCAGCUUCAAAUCUCCAUUUCUGGCACAGUUUCCAGUGUAAAACUUUUACAACCUGGUCAUUCCUCCAUUUCUUAUAUUCUUCCUGUGCCAUCUUAUUAUUAUCAUUAUUAUUAUUAUUAAAGCAGCUAACUGCUAGAAUUGUUUGGACACUGGCUAAAACGCUUGUCUGCAUUUCGUCAGUCUUCAGUUCUGAGUUCAAAUUCUGCUGAGGUUGACUUUGCCGUUCACUCUUUCGGGGUCAAUAAAAUAAGUACCAGUUGAGCACUGGGGUCGAUAUAAUCGACUUACCCUCUCCACUAAAUUUUCUGGCACUGUGCCAAAAUUUGAAAUCAUUAAUUAUUAUUGUUAUUAUUAUUAAGGUGACGAACUAUGCCAGGCAAUAUGCUUAGUGACAUUUCAUCCAUCUUUACGUUCUGAGUUCAAAUUCUGCCGAGGUAACUUUUGCCUUUCAUCCUUUCGGGGUUGAUAAAUUAAGUACCAGUGAAACACUGGGGUUGUUGUAACCGACUAGUCCCCCUCCCCCAAAAUUUCGGGCCUUGUGCCUACAGCAGAAAGGAUUAUGCUUUGGCUUGACUUGAAAUUACAAGUUUCAACCAGAGAUGUCAAGGGACAACAAGGUUUCGCAUCAAAAGAUGCAGCAGGUGAUGUGUCAUGAAAUUAAAACUGAUGCCUGCGUUAUUUUUUAGCAUUUUCGUUUUUUUCCUUGGAAGGGCAUCCAGCUGUAGAAACUCUGCCAGAUCAGAUUGGAGCCUGGUGCAGCCAUCUGGUUCGCCAGUCCUCAGUCAAAUCGUCCAACCCAUGCUAGCAUGGAAAGCGGACGUUAAACGAUGAUGAUGAUAGUAUGGAUGUUGUUUUUACUUCUUCAUGCUAAAUCUCAAGCUUUAACAGGCCUCGACAGGCCAUAGACCAGGGGUUUUCAAACUUUUUGACUUGCGGACCCCUUUAUAUUUCAGGCUUUACAUUAGGGACUCCCUUAUAAACGCUUAUGAAAUUUAUACAUAAAUAUUUGCUUAAAAUAACAUAUAUUUUUGCAUUUAUUUAUUUAACAGUAUUUAACAA